AUGACAGCCAUCCUGGUGUCAGGGAGUCGAGGCCACCUUUUCCCAGAAGCCACAGCCCCACUCUGUCUUCGGUCCAGGUCCUACCUGUGCACAGACCCUGGGCCCUGCAUCCCAGCUUGUUUACAUGUCUCUGCACCAGUGCAGCACGUGGCCCCAUCCAAGUGUCUGGGGGCAACCCCCUUUCUCCAGGAGAGUCUCUUUUCCUUCUCCCUUUUGUGCCUCCAUCAUGCUUUUCGUAGUUGCCCAGUACCUUGUAAGGAUGUAACUAAGACUGAACAUCCUGUCACUGCUGAACUUUCACCAGCUUCCAGCCUCUGCUGGUGGGUCUUGCCAGGGGCUGCAGCAGGGGCCUGGUGGCACAUCUAG